AUUGCAUCAUUUUAUUCCGCAUGUAGUAAAAACUGCAAGAAUAGUGUCCUAUUACACAUGGUACCAUUGCUCAGGAGAGUAUCAUCAAUUCCUCUAAAAUUGAUGUUCUCAUCAUCACUCACGCCAAAUUCUUUCUCCAAAUUCGUCAUGGAUUCUUCCUCAAACCCGUCCAAUUGCUUCGGUGGAUCGCAUAGACUAAUGGCCUUGGCCCAACAACUCCGGACGUACAAACCACCUUUAACACCAGAUGAUGAUGACAACCCCAAGAAUGAAAUUGAGGAGCAAAAACUUCAAGAAAGUGCUGGAAAAGUUGUUUCCCAAGUGGGUUUUCCAGAAUCAGCUACUCCAGUUGCUCAUCAACCUGAAAGAUUUAGACCCAAACGAGCUGCUGUUUUGAUCUGUCUUUUUGAAGGGGAUGCUGGAGAGUUUCGUGUGAUCCUUACUAAAAGGUCUUCAAGGCUUUCUACUCAUUCUGGCGAAGUUGCCUUGCCUGGAGGUAAAGCUGAGGAGGCAGAUGCCAACGAUGCUGAAACUGCAACAAGGGAAGCAAAAGAGGAGAUAGGAUUGGAUCCUUCACUUGUUAAUGUUGUGACAUGUCUUGAGCCAUUCUUAUCUAAGCACCUACUUAGAGUAAUUCCUGUUAUUGGCAUACUCUCUGAUAGAAGGGCAUUCACUCCCACACCCAAUGCUGCUGAAGUUGAAGCAGUUUUUGAUGCUCCACUGGAAAUGUUUCUCAAGGAUGAAAAUAGAACAUCGGAAGAAAGAGAAUGGAUGGGAGACAAGUAUCUGAUUCAUUUUUUUGACUAUGAAAUGGAUGGUAAGAACUAUCUGGUAUGGGGUCUUACUGCUGGCAUUUUAAUAAGGGCAGCAUCAGUGGUAUAUCAAAGGCCGCCUACUUUCUUGGAGCAAAAUCCGAAAUUCAAGGUUCCUAGGGUUGUGGAUAGAGAGGAGGUGAUGUAUUUGAGGGAGAGACUAGAAAUGAAAUGUACAAGAGCCAGACUUUUUAACCUUUGCAUCGUAGCUUAAAUUAACUUGUAGUUCUUAAACCUGUUGUAUACUGCUUAAAUUGAAACUAUGAGUUGUAAUAGAUGCAUCACCGACUGGAUACUUUAUUAUUUCAGGAACUAAUCUAGAAAAGUUUCUUGUUUCA